AACCUGGAUGGAGAAGACGUCUAAAGGACCCUUUGCCCCCUUGUUCAUGUGGAUGGAGAAUACCGCAACCCUUGACAGCAGCGCUUCGUUCGCGUAAAAGGAAACAAGCGCAGAGGCUGAAGAAACCGCUGGUGAAUACCCAUUCCCUUCUCUUUGUGAGCCUGUAGCCAUGGGAACUGCAGCCAAGUACACAAUAACAUCUCCAUGAACAAAUCCUCAGGGAACAAAGUUCAUUUUAAUACAGCUGGCCUCAACACAGAAGAAUCCGGGGGACUCCAGGCUUGGCAGCCUGGUGCUGCCUCCUGGCUUCAAGCUGCCUCUGGAGGAGGAGAAAGUGGAACUAUCACAGGGAUCCCAGGCUGGCUUCGAACUCCUGAUGCUCAGGCCUCCACCUCCUAAGUGCUGGGGUUACAGGACUGCAUCGACAGAAUGAGGAUGAGCCGGAGUUCCUGGCUCCGUGCCUUAUGUUGUUUCAGCAGGCACCCCACGGAGGCCCAGACCCCUCUGCUCCCCAUGGGCAGCUGCCAGGCAGGGCACAACUUGCAUCUCUGUCUGGCUCAUCACCCACCUUUGGUCUGUGCCACUUUGAUCCUGCUGCUCCUUGGCCUUUCUGGCCUGGGCCUUGGUGGCUUCCUCCUCACCCACACAACUGGCCUCCGUAGCCCUGACAUUCCCCAGGAUUGGGUUUCCUUCUUGAGAUCUUUUGGCCAGCUAAGUCUGUGCCCCAUGAAUGAGACAGUCACAGGGACGUGGCGAGGGCCUCACGUCGUCGGCUUACUGACCACUUUGAACUUCGGAGAUGAUCCAGACAGAAACAAAACCCAAACAUUCCAAGCCAAGAUCCAUGGUAGUCAGAUAGGAUUGACAGGGUCCUCUGCCGGAGAGUCUGUCCUUGUCACAGCCAGAGUGGCAUCAGGAAGAACUCCAGGGACCUGCCUAUAUUUUAGUGGUGUUUCAAAAGCCCUGCCCUCUAGCCAACCACCUAUAUCCUGCUCAGAGGAGGGAGUUGGAAAUGCUACCCUGAGCCCAGUGAUGGGUGAGGAGUGUGUCAGGGUCUGGAGCCACGAGCGCCUUGUGCUCACCAAGCUGCUUACUUCAGAGGAGCUGGCUCUGUGUGGCAGCAGACUGCUGGGCUUGGGCUUCUUCCUGGUUCUGCUCUGUGGUCUUCUCUGCUGUACCACUGCAGUCUGCUUCCAUCCGCGCCCAGAGUUCCACUGGUCUAGAACACGGCUUUGAGGGCGACAGACUGCGCCUCACUCUGCUGUCAGGUACAGAGCAAGUUCUUGGGGCCCACUUCUGAGUUUAGAAGACCUAUUACAAAAAGUGAAGAACUAGACUGUGGGAAAAUAAAUGGCUUUUGACUAC